ACCACCACCUCAAUCUUCUUGGGCACGCUUGGAUACUGUUUACCGAAGGCAAGCCAUUGGAAUUGGUUGUGGAAUCAAUAAUUGAAUCAUGCAAUCUCUCUGAAUUGAUACGUUCGAUUCACAUCGCUCUAUUGUGUGUGCAAGAAGAUCCAGCAGAUAGGCCAAGCAUGUCGUGUGUGGUUUUGAUGUUGGGAAAUGAAGAGACCUUGCCUCAGCCUAAACAACCUGGCUUUUUUACUGACAGGGAUCUGAUAGAAGUGGCUUAUUCAUCUAACAAAUGCUCGAUUUCAUUGUUAGAGGCAAGAUAG